GAUAGUUGUGUGAAAAAUUCAAACCUUUAAAUCUGCAACGGUCAACAACCCUAUUAAGUUUACACACACUCUUCUUCUGCUGUCGAGACUCUGAACCCAUUCAUUUCAGUGGCUACCAAAGAUUCAUCAAUCAAGUUUCAAGAAAUCAUCAUCGACAGUGAAGGAUCCAACCCAAGUUCCGAAUGGGACGAUUCAGAAGAAGACCCCGAUUUCGAAAUGCUCGAAGAAACCCAUCGAAGCUUCUCCAACCUCUCACUCAGAAACAACGCAAAAAAUCGCAUAGUUGAUGAUAAGGGUAUGGCUACUACUGAGAUGAGUUCGGAAGUGGUUAAGAUCGGUGCAGUUUCUGUUGAUGAUGAAAGUUUUGAACUAGUUCAGAAGUUAAUAAAGGAUGGAUUGCUAGAGAAACUGAAAGUGGACCAAUGCAAGGUGUAUUUGAAGAAGAAUGGUUUGAGGUUAACUGGAAAUAAAGAUAUACUUAUCCAGCGUAUAAAGGAACAUCAAGAGAUUAUAAAUAGUGGAGGGGAGAAAAAAUACCCGCCUCAUAGCUUUGUUUUGAAUUGUAAAGGUGACGCAUGCACCGGUGAUGUUGUUUUGUUUGAGCAGAAUGUGUAUGAAAUGUUCAACAUAGCAUCUAGGAGUGCCAGCGGUCCUCCGUGUGGCACAAGGAUUGUUGCAGGCCGCAUAGUGAAAGAAAGCUAUGGUGCUGCCAAACAACAGCAUACAUUUACGAUUGAAGUGCUAUGGAGCAAGGGAGAGAAGCCUCUACCUCCCCUUCAUCCUCUACUGAUAAAGGGUCGAAACCUUUAUCGGUUGAAGACUUUGAGACAGAGAUGGGAAGAUGAAGAGAAAAGGCGGAAUAUGUUAAUGGAAAAACACUCUCGGGGAUUCGUUGCUAGGGCAGAUAGGGAAGCUAGGAUACAAGAAAAGGAGCUGAGAAAAUCAAUGAAGGAAAAUAGGAUCUCCAAAAAGGCUUCUGGGAAGAACCAAUUCCAAACACAUUCACAAAAUCAACCUCGAGAAACAAAAAAUGUAUUCAUUACUUCAACAUCUUCAACUGUACCUAAACCAGCUGCGGUAACUGAACAGCAUGUUCGAUCAAUUGAUUCUCGAACUGUUGCAAUGGGAUCUAAUCAGUUCAGAAAUUCAGGAAACUCGACUUUUAGUGCAAACUGCCAUUCUGCUGUCAACGAUUUCAGAGACAAACCGAUUAGCAUCGAGAGAAACCAUCCUUCCAUUGUUGAAACAAACAACUUUGCAGAGAGAAAUUUUCAUCCAAGGAAGCCUUUGACAAGUGCGAAUCAUAUUUUUGCAGGUCUGCCGAAUGCAAAUCACAUGCAUGCAGGGCUUCCAAACCGAAAAAGCUAUCUGCAAAAACAGUUUUGUAGACAUUUUGCUAGGGGAAGAUGCCAUUUUGGAGAUAACUGCAAGUUCUUGCAUGGUUAGAGAGAUUAAGGGAAAUCAUGAACUGAAAGUUUUUAGUGACUUCUCAUGGAUGUUUUGGUAUUAAAUUUUGCUCUACUACACAUGUUGUGGUCUAUCCUCUCUCUGGAUAGAUAUUUUGGUAUUAAAACUAAAUUUUCUAUUUUACAGUUAAAAAGUUAAUCUACUUUCUUAAUCUUAGUAGUACAUUUGUUUUUGUGGUUUUCCUUUACAACAGUUGAAUUAAUAGUUCUUAUUUUAU